GUAUAGUUAUUGUUGGUUGCUUAAGGUUGUAGGAUUUUAUAUUGUUUAAACACCGUAAUCAUUUUCUGAAAAAAUGACUUCAACGUUAAUAAAGUAUAAUGUCAUACUUAUAGUACUAUGCAUCGGAAUCACAUUGAUUCAUAAUUCGUCAGAAGCAACAGUCAAGAUUGAAAAUUUAAAACAAGAUUCGACGAAGGAAGUCAACUUAUACUACGAUCCUUUCAACCCGCAAUGCAGAUCCGUUUUGUUGACUCUCGGAGCUUUGGAUUUGGAAUUAAACUUAAAACGUAUAUAUCUUUUUCAUAGCGAACAACUUCCAGAAGAUUUCCGCAAUAUAAAUUCUCUACACACUUUACCAGUAAUGCAAGACGGUGACUUAGUUUUGUCGGAAAGUAAUGCAAUCAUCGUGCACUUGGUCCGAAAAUACGGUGGACAAGACGAUCAUCCGUUAUACCCCAAUAACCCGAAAAUUCAAGCAAAGGUCAAUCAAGGACUGCAUUUUAACAACUCCUAUUUCUCUCAGGCAUUUGAAAUCCCACACAUUUUCCGUGGAAUACUGAAAACCGCAGAAGUAGAAGAUAAAAUCCACGAAGCGCUCAAUUUUUUGGAAGAAAUUCUGGAAAAAUCUACCUGGACAGCCGGUAAUACAAUAACUGUAGCUGAUUUCGCUUUGGUCGCUUCCAUUUCGACCUUUGAGGUUGUCGAUUUUAACUUAGGGAAUUACCAACAAAUUCAAAACUGGCUCUCUAAGUGCAAGACUACAAUGGCAUCUUACGAUACAGCUAAUCAAGAAGGAAUUUAUGAAUUAAAAUCUCUGUUAGAAUCUAAAAAUGGUUUUCAAAACAAAACAACAGUCAAAACGGAGAUCAGCUUAUACUACGAUCCUAUCAGCCCAUCAUGCAGAUCCGUUUUGUUGACUAUCAAAGCUUUGAAUUUGGAAGUUAACUUAAAAGUUAUAGAUCUUUUGGCCGAUGGAACACAAGAAAAAGACUUCCUCGAUAUAAAUUCUCUACACACUUUACCAGUAAUGCAGGACGGUGAACUUGUUUUGGUGGAAAGUCAUGCAAUCAUCGUGUACUUGGUCCAAGUAUACGGUAAAAAAAAUGAUCCACUGUAUCCCCAUGACCCGACAUUUCAGGCGCAGAUCAAUCAAAGACUAGAUUUUAACAACUUCUACUUCUAUCUGGCUUUUGAAAUCCAACACGACGACAAGGAUGACGGUAGAAUACCGAAAAUCGUAGGAAUGGAUAAAAUCCACAAAGCGCUCAAGUUUUUAGAAGAAAUUCUGAAAAAAUCUAUCUGGACAGCCGGAAAUAUAAUGACUGUGGCCGAUUUCGCUUUGGUCGCAUCCAUUUCGACCUUUGAGGCUUUCGAUGUUGACUUAGGGAAGUACGAAAACAUUAAAAACUGGCUCUCAUUGUGCAAGUCUGUAAUGCCAAAUUACGAUUGGGCUAAUCAAGAAGGAAUUUAUGCAGUCAUGGCUAUACGUUAGAAUCUCUGGAUAAGAAAUUUGCAAAUUCACCUCAAGAGCAGGGUCUAUAAUUAUAAUGCAUUUCUUCUGACCAGAUUUCGCGUGUCGUGUUUUUAUUACACCUUUUUUUGUUUGUUUGCACUAUUCAAUGGUAUAAUAUUAAUUAUUGCGUUUUACAAAUUUUAAAUUGUAAAUAUAAUUUUGUUUAUAC